AUGGCGAAGGAUCUGUCAUUCCAGAGGCAGGUGAGGCAACUGCGUAAUCUUGUUAAUGAGAAGGGCGCUGGCCAUGAGCAAGUGACCCCUGAACACCAACAACUCCUGGAGAGCCUUGGUGAUGUUCCAGAACCAGCAAAAGACGAGCCGCGACUCCUCCAGCUUUUUUCCUUACCUGCCAAGUUUGAUCCAUGGUUAAAAAAGUGGGCGGAAGAAGCUGCUCUGAGGGUGGCGGAGAAUACAUCGAAGGAAGCCGGCACGGACGCCACAGAGGCAUCCUCCUCAAAUGGCGCCAAACAACAGAAAUCGAUACUAGAAAAGGCGACCACUUACUUUCUUGGCGGCUCAAAAGACGACCACGGUGAAAUAUCAGCACAGUCUAUUACCUCUCAGCCAGCUACCCCUCAGCUGGUGCGACCAGCUACAUCACAAGCUACUUCGGCCCCAGCUACUCCUUCUCAGCCUACUGCAGCCCAUCCUGCUGCACCUCAGCCUGCUACACCCCAACCUACUGCAAAUAAGCCUGCUGAAUCUUCGCCUGCUGCAUCUUCGCCUGCUGAAUCUUUGCCUGCUGAAUCUUCGCCUGCUGAAUCUUCGCCUGCACCUCAGCCUACUGCAGCCCAGCCUGCUGCACCUCAGCCGGGUACACCCCAACCUACUGCAAAUAAGCCUGCUGCAUCUUCGCCUGCUCAAUCUUCACCUGCUGCACCUCAGCCUACUGCAGCCCAGCCUGUUGCGCCUCAGCCUGCUACACCCCAACCUACUGCAAACGAGCCUGCUGCAGCUCAACCCGCUGCGUCUCAACCCACUGCAUCUCAGCCUGCUGCGUCUCAACCCACUGCAUCUCAGCCUGCUGCAGCACAACCUCACACACCGCGGCCAGCUCCAGCACGGCCUGCUACAGCUACACAGACUACUGCUUCUACGGCUGCAUUCUUCGGCUAUAGAGCGCCAACAGUGACCAACGCGGGCUCGGAGCCGACGUCGCCAAGAAGUCUCGACGACCUUCUUCGUUAUUUUUAUGCUGAUUCCCCAACUGCGGAAAAUAGCCAUAGGCGCACGGGAUCUUCGCUGAGCAGCGCUGGUACCAGACCUCACCGCGACCCAUCUCCGAGCCGGUCAGGCGCUGCAGCGGCGCAAGGCCACUACACACCACCAACAACGCCAAGAAGAGAGGACGACGGUACAGACCAGAAUCAGGAAGAUGACGGCAGCACAUUCGAUCCAGGCGAUUGGGAAGCAAACCGCGUUGAUGAAGCAGGAUAUGUUAUCCGGCCCCCUUGCUUCUCCUCCUACCCAAACACCAUGCCUUCAAGACAAAGAUUCCCAGAGCUUUGGUACGAGGUUGCUGACACGAUUGAUGGGAAAAUGAAAUGGUGUCUACUCAAAGGCAAGGUACGCAAGAACUCGCUAGCCUUCGAGGUUCCUAGCAAUCAAGGCAGCAGAUUCAUGCUCUUCCCGCCUGGGCCCUAUACGUAUGUGAGCCAAAUGUACCAUCAAAAGACAGGAAGGCAGGUUCCAGAGGUCAAUUACGGAAACCGUGCGCACAUAGUUGGACGGGAUCUUGCGCGAAACCCCCCUCAUCAGCUAUGUUUUUCACUAGCCAAAGGGCUGCAGAGGAAAGGAGAUACCUUCCUUAUAUGGUAUGAUGAUGACCUUGACGAAACCUGGUUCACCAAAUCAGAAGUCAAAGAAUGUGUAGGUGCGGCUGCUCUCAAUGCAUUCCUCAAAACACAGGUGCCAACUUGGAAUUUGGCACGGGACCGUCCGGGAGGCGAGCCUUCCCCCACGGGGCCUCUAUCGCCAAGCCCGACACCGACACAGGCACCCAUACCGCCACCACAACGUCAGGUUCAUUGGACACAGGGACCCGGGGGCAGAAGAGCGGGGCGCCAAACUCCUGUUGGAGAGCCCCAAGCUAAUACAGCCACGCCUAAUCUAUUAAGCCAAGGUGCGCCAUCGUCUCUCCGCCCAAUCUAUGAAGGCCAUCCAGCUGGAGACGAGGCCCCUCCAGCUUGGUACAAUCCUCCAGGCCAUUUGAAUGGAGCGGCCCCCCAAGGACCUGGAUUGGCUUGGCAACCCUGGCAGCUCCAGCAGCCAACAUCCACCAGCCAGGUUCCUUCAGCUCCUGGGCAGGCACCCCUGGCACAAUGGCCGUACACAUUCGCUUACCCACAGAAUCCAACGAACCCUGAACAACCUGUACAUGGCGUUGUACCAUGGUUACCUUGGUUGCCCCCGUAUUCUCAGGGCUACCCACAACCUCCUGUGUCCCAGGUCCAGAUGGUACCUGGAGGGCCGCCACCCUACGAAGCGGGCAACCGGGGAUAUCGUGGGAGCUCGCACCUACCAACACCACCACGUCAAAUGGAGUAUGAACGGCCUUGGCCAAACGGAUCGCGUCAGGCGUCGGAGCAACCAAACCCACGUACUGCCAACAACCCAACAUCCAGGCGCGGUCCCUCUACGUCCCCAUGGUGGUAA